AUGUCAUCAUCAAGCAUUCCUGUUCUUGAUGUAGGUCAUCAGACAAAGAAAAGAAAGCCGGAAACUUUAAAAGAAACCGACGUUGAAUUAUGUAAAAAGCUUCCAGAGGAUUUACUACUCGAAAAUAUUGCAACGAGAUUACCAGAUCGGACACUAGCUCGAUACAGUUGCCUGAGUAAGUUGUGUACAAUUCUAUUUUCAAUGAUGCGGGUUUCUCCGCACAUUACUUUGCUCCAAAGCCAUAAAAAACUUGUUUUUAAUCACCUUAAUGCAUCCAGCAGAAGUGGUUUUCAAAAGGCUUACAUUUUUAAUUUGCAACGGAAGGACAGUGAUAAAAAUAUUGAUGAUUAUGAUGGUUGCCAUGAUGAUGAUCAUGUUGUGUUUCUUGAUUAUAAGUUGUCGAUGUUCUUAAAUGUCAAAACGGUUCAUGAACUAGUAGGUUAUUGUAAUGGUUUAGCUUGCUUUAAACCACUGCUUCAUUCUGAUGAUGGCCACAGUCUAGUAACUAUCGUUAACCCGGCCACAGGUGAAACACUUGCUCUCAUGUAUUGUGAUCCUACUAUUAGUACUGGCGGUGAGUAUUUGUGUCAUGGUUUUGGUUUUGAUUCAUCAUCACAAGAGUAUAAGGUUGUAAUCAUCUUUACUACUCGUACUACAAAUAAGGAGAAGGAAGACGAGCAGUUGUUUGUCUGCAUUGUUAUUACAUCGGGAACUAAUUUAUGGAGAAAGAUAGUACUAAGACUUCUGAAAUCUUACUACUACCAUCUUCUUAUAGGAGAAGAAUGGUGA